GUUACCUCCUCAUCAAUAGUAGAAAAAUCAUAUUUAUGGAUGUAUGCGCGGCAUAUAUAGCCUGUAGCGCCUAUGAUAAUAACAUAGUGCACAGACUGCACCUUUAUAUUGAUGGAUAUUGUUGUCGAGGUGCCAAUAACUCAAAUUGGAUUUAGGCGGGCGCUCCCUCUCCUUCUUCCGCGUUCUCUAACUACCACGGACGGAACCAGCUCUCCGCUACUUCCCGAACUUAUUCCGUAUUAUACGCCCUAUUAUUCAACGCGUGGAGGAUUUCUGGCUCUCUGACUUCUUGGCGGUGAUUUGCUGCACGCCUUCCGCUUCUAGACCAUGGCGAAAACAGGCGAUUCGACAAAGCAUACGAUAGUAUAUGCCCCUACCAAUAAGUCUACCUGCCACGGUCCUCAUCCUUGCAAAGGCAGCAAAAUAUCUAUAGGGAGUCUUCGUUACGGUCUCAAAUAUCACUCGCCUCAAUAUGGAGAGAGUUGGUCGUGGAGGCAUUGGGGCUGCGUAACUACCGAUAUUCUUGAAGAGCUUGGGAACGUUUCUUUGUAUAAACUGCCGGGAUGGUCCAAAUUGACUGUCGAUGAUAAAACACGUGUCAUGACAGCGGUUCGUGCUCUUCGGGUUGACCCUUCAGACGUCCCAGCGUCGGCGAGACCUCUUGAUUGGUCAGAUUUCGACAAUCGGACUUCUCAGCCCCAAAGCUCUUCCCAGGUUGGCGUUGGCCAGAAGAGGAAGUUUGAGGCCUCCAUCCAUGGGUCAUCCCAGACGCAGCCGACCUCUUCACAGACCGCUGUCCAGUCAUCUCAGAUUAUGGACUUGGACGAUUCGGACGAUGACCUUGGAUGGGUCGUAGGGCUGCAAUAUUACAACGGUCUUGUAGGGGACGGCGAGCAAGUCAGUCUUGUGAGGGAGCCCACUAAUGAGUUUGACCGGAAUGCGAUUCAAGUGAUGAACCUCACUAAUCAGCAAGUUGGCCAUAUCAAGAGAGAAUUUGCGCAGAAACUUUCUCCUCUCAUUGAUGCAAACUUAAUUCUUGUGGAAGGAACAAUCGUAAACGGGAAUAUGCACGGAUUCGUGUACGACCUCGAUAUAACCCUUCACAUAUAUGGAGCAUCAGACACCCGAUCGGCCUUGGAGCCUAUGUUAAAAUGGGCUACCCCUGGGCAGAGGGGGUUCACUGACGCUCUCCGUGCCAAGUACAAACAUAACUUCGACUGGCUACUCGCCGCGUAUCUAGCCUCCAGUUCUUUGGGAGGCUAUUCCUCAAUAAGCUCUCGAAUAUCCGGCUCUCAGAAGACACAGUCACAAUCGGCGAAGCUGGAGGCGGAACGCCGAGUUAAACUGGAGAUGGAACGCCGAGCUAAACUAGAGGUCGAACGUAUUGCUGCUCAGAAGGGGGAAGAGCUGAAGACUAUCAUAAAAGGAUUUGAGAAGGUAGACGAUGAGAGCAGACGAGCUUCGCUGCUUGAUUCGUUGUGCUCCAAGGAAGAUAUUAUGAACCUUCCUGUAUAUGAAAACCCGCCAGGGAAGGCCAACGGCCUGCUCAAGUCGGAUCUCAUGAAGCACCAGCUACAAGCGCUCAAAUGGUGCAUUGAUCGCGAAAACCCUGUAUUGCCCACGAGUGCCUCUCAACCAUCAGAACAGUUUUGGCGCUACGAUGAGUCUACUGGAAAGCCAUUAUACCUCAAUGUGGAAAGCAAUCAGCCCGUACCAGUCAGCCGACCUCCAGUACUUGGCCGCGGUGCAAUCCUCGCCGAUGCCAUGGGUUUAGGGAAGACGCUAUCGAUGAUCUCUCUCAUUGUUGCCACUAAAGAGGACGUGCCAAAGGAUUACUGCAAUGCAACGUUGGUUGUUGCUCCGGUUUCUAUUCUCCGCACAUGGGAAGUUGAAAUCGCAGAUCAUUGCGCUGACAACCUCUCGGUUUAUACCUAUUACGAAAAGAAUCGCGACAUUGCAGCCUCUGAACUACAGAAAUAUGACGUCGUGAUAACAAGCUAUCAUACCUGUACCGGGGACUGGUCCAGAUUGCCUGACGCACAAGACGCCCAUGCUAAAAAGAAAUCGAGAGGAUCUAGCGCACUAUAUGACGUGAAGUGGAAGCGCAUUAUUUUAGAUGAAGGCCAUAACAUCCGUAAUCCGAAUACAAAACAACACAAGGCUUUGAAGAGGCUUGAUGCACAACGCCGUUGGGUGGUGACAGGAACACCCAUCAUUAAUUCACCGAAGGAUCUUGGAGCACUACUUCAUUUCCUGCAGAUUUGUCGCCCAUUGAGUGAACUAGAUUACUUCAAUAGGCGUCUCAUUCGACCUCUCAACCAAGGUGACGGCAGAGCUGCUAAUCUCCUGAAGACCAUAAUGUCGCACGUUUGUCUCCGAAGGACAAAAGAGAUGCAAAAUUCGAAGGGAGAGUACCUGAUCGAGCUGCCCCCAGUUGAGAUGACUACGGUCAAAGUUACCCUCGACCCCGAAACCCGCAAGUUGUAUGAUGAAUUAGAAAGUACGUCUCGGGAUCGUUUCUCGCGUCACAUGAGAGGGCAACAUGAUCCCAAUCGCAUUCAGGUACCAUUCAACGCCCUCGCAAUGCUCACGAGGCUGCGGCAACUAGCCCUGCACCCCGCACUGGUGCCUCGAUCCUACCUGGAAGAGCUUACACUCCAGAAUAUGGAGGACGAGAACACUAAUGGUCACAGUAGCGUCUCGUUAAGCCAUGAAGACCGUCGUCGUCUGCAGAAUUUAUUGUUUCAGUUUGCUGAAGACAACGAGGAAUGUGCCAUAUGUUUCGAUGUACUCCGCGAUCCUCGCAUUACUCCCUGUGCACAUGCCUUUUGCUUAGAGUGCAUCACGAAUGCAUUGUCCAGGGACCCGAAAUGUCCAAUGGACCGGCGGCGGCUCUUCACGGGCGACCUCAUUGAGCCUCCGCCCUCGAUAGACACAACGCAGCCCCAAGUGCGGCUCGACUUGGACGACGAUAGGGAAGAUGAUGCUCGAAGCUCUUCCGCCAAGAUCAACGAGCUUAUCCACCUUUUGCAACUCACUCCCAGUGACGAGAAGUCGGUGGUGUUUUCUCAGUUUACCUCAUUCCUUGACAAAAUUGCAGAGCAACUGAGUGAGCAUGGUAUUCCCUUCGUCAGGUUCGACGGCAGCAUGUCGGCAGCUCGUCGCACAGAGGCUUUGGAGUAUUUCAACAUACCUCUGAAGGGAGACUCCUGUGCAUCUGCUGGUUCCCCGAACCUUGCAAGGCGUAAGGACCCGCACAAACUGUAUGAUCUGGAAGAAGUCAAUGUCGAACUGGACGAAAUGGACGCAGGUUCGGCUCUGCAAAACACUUCUCAGGCACCGGCUAUGAAUACAGCCAAUGCGCGGGAGUCUACUCGCAAGAGACUCAGACCUAACUUUCUGGGCAGCCCUCUCAGCAGCGAAUCAGAAUCGGAUGACUUCCUCCGGAAAGUUGAGGGGUCUAGUUCUUUGAAAACUAAAGCCAAAACUCGGACCUUAUCGGAUGACUACAAACCCGAGGCUGAAUCUGCCGGACCAAGCGAUAAUGAUGAAUAUCGAGAAAACGGUGGACUCUCGGGGGGUGAUGGUGGGGUCAAUGUUGCAGGAGCAAGAAGGCGUACCAAGGGUAAAGGCAAAGCGGUCGCGGUCCCCGCUCCGCAGGGAAAAAAGAAGGAACGGGAGGCAAUCCUUCAAUCUUACAACAUCAGCAGAGAUAAAAUCCCAGUUGUGAUGCUGAUCUCCUUGAAGGCUGGAGCACUUGGAUUACAGCUGACCGUCGCAAAUAAUGUAUUCUUGAUGGAUCCGUAUGUAGCUUGGUCUUAUGAAUCGCUGUCCAUGAAUCAUCCUUACUUCAACAGUUGGUGGCAAGAAGGCAUCGAAAGCCAAGCCAUUGAUCGUUGCAACCGGAUUGGACAAAAGAGAAAUGUCAAGGUGUAUCAAACUCAUCGGAGGACAGUGAUCGCUGAGGACACGGUGGAGAGCAAAGUUCUGGAAAUCCAGGAGCGGAAAAGGAUGCUAAUCAAACACGCAAGUGGAUCGCAGGCAUUUUCAGCUACGAAAAGCACAGAGAAGACUCGUUCGACUAAGAAAGAGGCUCGCUUACAAGAUUUGAUAGAAUUAUUCGGCCUUCGACGCGAAGCGCCAGCUGGCGCGUAGCUUAAGAGCGGUAAUUUCUCGCCCACUUCCAAAAUCUAAUCACGAGUUGGAAUAUUUAUCUCCCAAAAUUUAUAUUCACGGAGUCCUUUGCC